AUGGCAUUUCCUGCAGCGAGUCGGUGGCAGUACAAAUGUCCUUUCCGGAAAGCCUGGGUGGAUGUCAGCGAUGCUGAGGAUCGCCAGCUAAAAGAAGCCUUCUUAUCGCUUGCGAGAGGUGGAGCCCCGGUGGCACAGUGCAAGCUCGGAAGUUUGCGGUUCCGGACAGACUUCCGAACGAUGCUCCGCACCAACGUCGCCAGCCAGCGCUGUGCGGAGGUUCGGCUCCGUGACGGCGUGCUGCCGUUCGCACCACCACCACCUGCGGAAGAAGGGCCGUCACGAGCAUCCCUCGGCUUGGAGGAGGGACUAGCAAACGAGAGGAUCGCACCUUGUGAUCUAGAGUCUGGGCCAUCGGGCCAGGGCAAGGUUUCCCAUCUGGUGGCACACCGAGCCUUCGAUUGGAGGGAGCGGCUGAUCGCGUGCCCACAGCUCGCUGAGGUUCGCAAGGCUUGGGGCCAGGGCAUCGAGGAGGGCAUCACAAUGAGCGGCCAGUUUGAGUUCACGAUGCAGGCUUCUGACAAGGAGUCCUUCGGAGAGAUGCUGUCGUGGCAGAUGCUCGCUGCUGGCAUACCACCGCCGUCUCUGGACAACAGGUGCUUGAAGUUCACAGAUGCUAGGGGAACAGAGGCGAUGGGCAACAAGCAGGAGAUCAGCAAGAUGCUGACCAACCCUGCAUCCUAUCCUGUUCGAGUUUCCUACUUCCCGCAUCCUGCCUUCAAGUUUGUGCGGCCAGAACGGGUUCCUGAGCUCGAAGCUAUGCGCACCCACCUGAAGUUUGUGCAAGAAGCCGUCGCGGAGUUGGAUGGGAACAUGGAUAACGUCAAGCAUACCCACCAAAGGAGAACCUUCGAGCGGUAUCUCCUGUACUUGGAGGAUCACUACUACCAGACCGGUGACGACCUUCACGAUACGCUGAGCUGGGAAGAAGUUGUGCAGAAGUAUGGCCCGGACAAGGAGAUGUUCUUCUUGCUGACCAAGAAGACUGGCCCAGGAUUGUCGAAGAUUCUUCGAGGAGAGAUCGACGUGCUUGAGUACCUCUUCGGUGGCUGA